AGGACGCGGGAAUGGCAGGAUAUGGCAGACAGCAACGUGGCCUCAAACUCCAGACGGAUGUUAGAGAGCUUACUGAACAAAAGCAUGAGGAUCCAAAUGACUGAUGGCAGGACAUUGAUUGGUCUCUUCCUGUGCACCGACCGGGACUGCAACGUCAUUUUGGGCUCAGCCCAGGAGUACCUGAAACCGACAGAUUCCUUGGCACAUGGUGAGCCACGAGUACUGGGUCUGGCCAUGAUCCCUGGGCACCACAUCGUUUCCAUCGAGGUUGAAAUGGACAGCGUGUCAAGCCCACAAUAUAUGUGAGACAGAGCAUGGCUGUUUGAAGCUGUGCCUGGUCCUGAGUGCGUGGUCAAUGUGUAUUGCACCGUGAGGACUGUAAGCCUACCUGCCCCCUGCCCAGGCUUCCACUCAUCCAAUGCCUUGUUUAUCAUUUUGCAUUGAUGGCAGGGGCUUGUUUCUUUGAUUAUUUGUGAAGUUAACUGAGAUGUUGGAACAAGCUGGACAGUGCCUUCUGAGUCAGGCCAUUGGCUGUUCCAUGUCUCUUCUGGUCCCACCCUCUUCCAGCAGAAUGCACGAGGCCUCCCACGAUGCUCGGGUCAAUACAUCACCUCCCCUGCACUCACCCCGCAAAAACCAGCGAAGAUCGAUAAAUUUAAUGACUUAUCAAUAGCAACUGCUAACAGACGAGCACAUGAACUGAGCCUCCGAGGAUUUGCUUUCCCAGUGCAUCUUUGAAUUAUUUUGAAGUAGAUUGAUUUAGGGAACUUGGAAACCAUUUGUCCGAUUUGUUCUUCGUGGUUCAUCAUCAAUGGCUUAUGUGCAUGAAUGUAUAGCCCCUCCCGCUGGAGAACAAACUGGUUUGUUCUUCACCUCAGCCCGGGUAGCACAUAAUGGGGAGCUGUUCAGCCACUGAGGCAUUGCAGCCAAGUUUACCUUGCUCUCAUGCACAGUGAGGUGUCUUCCCUGCAUAAUAGCUGUGCAUUCUGUCUCUCUCACUCUCACUCCCCUAUGAUAGCCCGUCACGAUCAUGUGCCUCAAACAGCUCACUCAUGCUUUGCAGGCUUACUAAUACCGAGCUUCUCUCCUGGCCCACCCCCACCACGUUCUGUCCUGUUCCUUCACCCCUGCUCUUUAACGCCCCUCAUUCUUUUGAUUUCUCUAUCUUUCUCACCCACCCCACCAUUGAGCCUAAGUGAUAUUUCUGUCUUCAGAUUUCAAGCCUGCACAGUGUUUUGUUCCUGGGAGUAAAUGUGAACAGUGAUCACUGCAUGAUGUGAUGCUUCGGAGACAGAAAGUGCCUAUCAUUAUUAAUAUACACAACGUGAGAGCAGUCCUUUUUUAUUCAAAUAAUGUGCAUUUGGCAAAUAUAUUUAAGUUUGAUUAUUUUUGCCUAUUUGAAAUGUUUAAUAAAACAUGUGCAGCUGAACUUAAAACUUGAGCGUCCGAGUUGUUGGGGACUGAGGUUUUUCUGUUUUACCACUUGAUUUUGUCCGUGUUUUUUAACCCCAGAGGUGUUGUUCCUCAAUGUGUUCAACCUUCAAAAAGGUUACCUGUGCUCCUUAAUAUUUUCUGGACUGAGCUAUCACCUUUUGUUUUUGUUCCUCUU